AUGGAGGGGGAGAAGAUCUGUGGGCAAUCAAUCGAGCAUAAUGGCGCCACAGAAAUCGAGAGAUUCGCAACUGUCGCCUUCUUUUUCUUCUUCCUUCCUUUCUCCUCCUCUUCUGUUCUUGACGCACACAAAUUUCGGAUCCAUCUCCGAUGAAGAAAUCAAAUCAGAUAUUUAGAACAGCAGCAGCAGCAAAAGUAGUAGCUAAUCCCAUUCAUAUGUCCGCCAUGGAUAUGGAUAGUAAGCUUGGUGGGCCAUCUACUGCCUCUGAAGGUGUGGACGAUGUUUGGAGGGAGAAGGCGGUAGAGGAGAUGAUGAGAUGGGAGGAUUUUAUUGGAGUGAAAGCGCAGGAGGAUGUGCGGAUUUUGAAUCCCUUGAAUUGUUUCCCCCAAUUUGAAGAGGAGAUAAUUGUCGGGUUUGGGAAUGGCGGUGAAAUUAGUGGGAGAUCGGGGAAGAGAAGGCGCGCCCCCAUGGAGCCCAUGGAUGAGGCUGCCUUGCAAAGACAACGGAGGAUGAUUAAGAACAGGGAGUCUGCUGCCAGAUCCAGAGAAAGGAAACAUGCACAUCAAGUUGAGUUAGAGUUAAUAGCUGCCCGACUUGAGGAAGAGAACCACCGAUUAUUGAAACAGAAGGCUGAGAGAGGGAAGGAACGACUAAAGCAGUUGAUGGAAACAGUGAUCCCAGUUGUGGAGAAACGAAGGCCGCCGCAAAUCCUAUGUCCGGGUCACUCCUUCGAAUGCUAGCCUAUAUGUGACACCAACACACCAACACACCAACACACCAACACACCAACACCAAUAUCCUUUUCAAAUCAAGCUCCUCUAAAUGUUGAGUUCAGAUGAUGAGCGUUUCUGAUUCUAAUUUUUUUUUUUUUUUAUUCAUAGAAAUGAGCUUAACCUUCUUGUUUCUCAAGGAUUUCUUUUUGUUUUACCCCAAUACAGCUGAAUAAUGUGCAGCAGCAGUUUUAGCAUA